AUGAAGGCACUGACCACCAUCACCGAUCCAGUUUAUAUUCCCAAGCAGAAGUACACCGCAUACGAUAAAUUCUGGCUUCGUUACAUCAACGAUCCACGGGACCUGCCUUUUAUUUAUCUGCUGACAGCGAUCCACCUGAUGCAAACUUAUAUCAAUGGUCAGCUGGUGGCAAAGAACGGGCAGACGCUCAUCACUGCACCGAUGUCAACUGUUAUCAAUAAUUUUUCCUGUGCGUUUAAAGAGGUCGACGAUUUUAGUGUAGCAUGGAAUGGAGAGAAAACAAUUCCUGUCAUAGAAGCUUUAGAUGGUCAGCUUAUUACUAAUCGACUAUCCUUUGAACCGUUGGUUGAGAACAGAAAGAUCGUUAGCGACAUUACGCGUGACAUUUUAAAGAUCGUGGUGGUUAACCGUUAUCACGAUGCGCCAGUGGCUGCAUCGUUUAUUAAGAAUUUCGGUCUACAGCAGGGCGCGCUUGCGUCCACCGUAGCACAUGAUAGUCACAAUAUCGUAGCUGUUGGGGUGGAUGAUGAAAGCAUUUGUAAGGCCGUCAACCUGCUUAUCGCAAACCGGGGCGGUGUGAGCUGUGUCGUUCCCGAUAGCGAACUGGUACUACCCCUGCCCGUUGCUGGUUUAAUGAGCAAUGAAGAUGGCUAUUCUGUCGCAAGGCAAUAUUCAAUGCUUGACCAGGCAGCAAAGGAAGCGGGAUCAACGCUGGCAUCACCAUUUAUGACACUAUCAUUUAUGGCAUUAUUAGUCAUCCCACAUCUUAAAUUAAGUGACAAAGGAUUGUUUGAUGGCGAUAGCUUUACAUUUGUUGAAUAA